AUGUUGGUGGCAGCCAACCUGGCCAUCGUGGUCCUACUGGCGCUAUGCAUCGGUCUGGAGCUCACGGCACGUCGCCUCACCCCACCUCAACCCACCCCCUCUGCCGUGGGAACCAACCCUGCCUUCCGUAGGUUCCAGACCCUGUUCCUCUGAGGCUACCUCCUAGCCUUGUCUGUUGACUGGCUACAGGGGCCAAACCUCUACAAGCUCUACCGCAAUUACAGCUUCCUGGAGUCCCAGAUAGCCAUCCUGUAUGUCGUUGUCCUGGCAUCCUGUGUGCUGUUUGCCCCCGUGGCCAGCCGGCUCACUCAGGUAACAAUAACCAGGACCACAAUAAAAAUAAAAUAAAAUAAAAUAGUUUAUUCGUCAAGUACACAGUUUACAGCAGGUAUAAAUGAUGCAGUGAAAUGCCUACUUGCAAGCUUCCUCAACAGUGAAGUAUCAAUAUAAUUAAAUAAAAAAUAACAAGUAGUAGAAGAAAGUAGUAUGCAUUUUAGUAAUAAAACUGAUAGAUACACAAUAGGAUAUUCAGUAUAAAUUAUGAAUGUGCUAUGUCAAGUAUGACUGUAUUUACAAAUAUAAAGUCAAUAGUGUCUUGGGCACGCAGUUCAGUAAAAUAGUAUAUAAAUAGAACAGCAGCGUUGACUGUGAGUGUGCUUGUGUGUGCCCUUGUGUGUUAGUGUUGGAUGUGUGGAGAGUCAAUGCAAAUAGUCUCUAAGGUGCAGGUCUGAGCAGGUAGACAGCUAGCGUUCGCCGUUCAGCAGUUUGAUGGCCUGGUGGUAGAAGCUGUCUCGGAGCCUGUUGGUCCGAGAACCGAUGAUCCGAGAGCCAAUAAAAAAAUAAGUCCUUAAACCAGUGUUUCCCAAUCCUGGGGACCCAAAGGGGUGUGCAAUUAUGUUUUUUCCCAAGCACUAACACACCUGAGUUUGUUAGUGUUAGGGCAAAAAAUAUAAUGUGCAACCCUUUAGGUCCCCAGGACCAGGAUUGGGAAACACUGCGUUAGACUUUUUACAAUGUAUGUAUUGUUGAACUGCCAUGACUGAGGCAGCUCUAUGUGUAUUUAAAAUGUGCAUUAAUUAAUUAAGGUCCUGGGCCGGAGACGGACCUGCCUGCUCUUCUGCGUGACCUACUCAGCCUGUUGCCUUACCAAGCUGUCCCGGGACUACCUUGUCCUGAUCCUGGGUCGCAUGCCAGGAUGCCUGUCCACCUCUCUGCUCUCCACAGCCUUCGAGGCCUGGUACGUGCAGUGACAUGUGGACGGCCACGACUUCCCUAAAGAAUGGAUCCCUAGUACCUUCACCAAGGCUGCUAGCUGGAACCACGGGUUGGCGGUGGGGGCCGGACUGGUGGCUAACAUGCUGGCUGUGUGGCUCCACCUGGGGCCUGUGGUGCCCUUCCUCCUGGCCGUGCCCUGCAUGGGGAACCUGUGGCUGGGUGGUGCUGACCGACUGAGGCCUGGAGAAGAAGGAUGGAAGUCUGGAAGGGGACAACAAGACGCCCUUGCUCGGUCCUUCUAGUUCAGCACCUCUGGCCCGGGCGUCUGCGCGGGCCCGGUUCUGGCGCAACUGUCAGGAAGGUCUCCGCUGUCUCUUAUCAGACAGACGGGUGAUGCUGCUAGGAGGAGUCCAGGCUCUAUUUGAGAGUGUCCUCUAUAUAUUCAUCUUCCUGUGGACCCCCGUCCUGGACCACUAUGGUCCUCCGCUGGGCAUCGUCUUCUCCUACCUGAUGGCUGCCAGCAUGGCGGGGUCCCUGCUCUACCGCCUGGCCACCUCCACCCGCUACUGCCUCCAGCCUGGCCACCUCCACCCGCUACUGCCUCCAGCCUGGCCACCUCCCCCUACUGCCUCCAGCCUGGCCACCUCCACCCGCUACUGCCUCCAGCCUGGCCACCUCCACCCGCUACUGCCUCCAGCCUGGCCACCUCUUCCCACUACUGCCUCCAGCCUGGCCACCUCCACCCGCUACUGCCUCCAGCCUGGUCACCUCCACCCGCUACUGCCUCCAGCCUGGUCACCUCCACCCGCUACUGCCUCCAGCCUGGCCACCUCCACCCGCUACUGCCUCCAGCCUGGUCACCUCCACCCGCUACUGCCUCCAGCCUGGCCACCUCCACCCGCUACUGCCUCCAGCCUGGCCACCUCCACCCGCUACUGCCUCCAGCCUGGUCACCUCCACCCGCUACUGCCUCCAGCCUGCUCACCUUUUUCUCCUUCUUCAUGCUCAUCUUCUCCACCGCCCCGGGCCAGACCAGACCCCACGAGUCCCUGUUGGCCUUCCUGCUGCUGGAGCUGGACAGUGGCCUCUACUUCCCCGCUGUCAGCUUCCUCCAGGGGAGGGUGAUCCCAGAGGAGAAGAGGGCCGGGGUGCUGGCCUGGUUCAGGCUGCCCCUUCACCUGAUGGCCUGCCUGGGGUUGCUGGCAUUCCACAGGGAGGUGUCAGGGACCGAAGGGGGCGAGGGCGGUAGUUGA